AUGGUCAAAGAAAAGAAGAGUCUUGGCUCCACCUGUUUGGCAGAAGCUGCUAGGGGAAUUCUUUCACCUGCCUUUGGCAGAGGUUGGGCUGUGGGCACCCUGACUGGGCUGAAGAGAACUACUGCACCCUCCAAGAAAGGGGGCCUUGGACCCAAGUUUUGGGAUCCUAGAGUUCAUUUAGGUCAACUCCCUCAUUUUUCAGAGAGAAACCCGAGGCCCACUAUAGUUGUAGUAGUAGGCCUCCACCAGUCGCAGCUGACCAUAGAUCAGCACCUUGAAAAGUCACAGGCCACAAGUGCUGCUGAGAAGGUGGUGAAAAAGCCUCGAAAGCAUUGCAGCCGCAACCCGGUCCUGGCCAGAGGGAUCGGCAGAUACUCAAGGUCUGCCAUGUAUUCCAGGCGGGCCAUGUACAAACGCAAGUACACUGCACCCAAAACCCGGAUUGGAAGGAAAAAGAAAGAGAAGGUACCUGCUACCAUCUCAAAGCCAGUUGGUGAGGAUAAGAAUGGAGGAAACCGAGUGGUGAAGAUCCGCAAAAUGCCUAGGUAUUACCCUACCGAGGAUGUGCCUAGAAAGCUGCUCAGUCAUGGCAAAAAGCCCUUCAGCCAGCACGUGAGGAGACUCCGAUCUAGCAUCACCCCAGGCACAGUUCUGAUCAUGCUCACUGUCCGCCACAGGGGCAAGCAAGUGGUUUUCCUGAAGCAGCUGGCUAGUGGCUUACUACUGAUAACUGGACCUCUGACCAUCAACCGUGUUCCUCUGCGAAGAACCCAUCAGAAAUUUGUCAUUGCCACUUCUACCAAGGUUAACCUUUCAGGUGUGAAAAUUCCAAAUCAUCUUACUGAUGCUUACUUCAAGAAGAAGAGGCUCCGUAAAGCUAGACACCAAGAAGGAGAGAUUUUUGACACAGAAAAAGAGAAAUAUGAGAUUACAGAGCAGUGCAAGGCUGACCAGAAAGCAGUGGACUCUCAGAUACUGCCCCAAAUCAAGAAGAUUCCUCAGCUCCGUGGCUACCUGCGUUCUGUAUUCUCUCUCUCCAAUGGAGUCUAUCCUCACAAACUGGUGUUUUAA